AUGGACAGGAAGGAAGAGAAGGUCACUCUAGAACACAUAGAUAGGAAGGAAGAGAAGGCCACUCUAGAACACAUAGACAGGAAGGAAGAGAAGGCCACUCUAGAACACAUAGACAGGAAGGAAGAGAAGGCCACUCUAGAACACAUAGACAGGAAGGAAGAGAAGGUCACUGUAGAACACAUGGACAGGAAGGAAGAGAAGUUCACUGUAGAACACAUAGACAGGAAGGAAGAGAAGGUCACUGUAGAACACAUGGACAGGAAGGAAGAGAAGUUCACUGUAGAACACAUAGACAGGAAGGAAGAGAAGUUCACUGUAGAACACAUAGACAGGAAGGAAGAGAAGGCCACUCUAGAACACAUAGAUAGGAAGGAAGAGAAGGCCACUCUAGAACACAUAGAUAGGAAGGAAGAGAAGGCCACUGUAGAACACAUAGACAGGAAGGAAGAGAAGGUCACUGUAGAACACAUAGACAGGAAGGAAGAGAAGGCCACUCUAGAACACAUAGACAGGAAGGAAGAGAAGGCCACUCUAGAACACAUAGACAGGAAGGAAGAGAAGGCCACUCUAGAACACAUAGACAGGAAGGAAGAGAAGGUCACUGUAGAACACAUGGACAGGAAGGAAGAGAAGUUCACUGUAGAACACAUAGACAGGAAGGAAGAGAAGUUCACUGUAGAACACAUAGACAGGAAGGAAGAGAAGGCCACUCUAGAACACAUAGACAGGAAGGAAGAGAAGGCCACUCUAGAACACAUAGACAGAAAGGAAGAGAAGCCCACUCUAGAACACAUAGACAGGAAGGAAGAGAAGGUCACUGUAGAACACAUAGACAGGAAGGAAGAGAAGGCCACUCUGGAACACAUAGACAGGAAGGAAGAGAAGGUCACUGUAGAACACAUAGACAGGAAGGAAGAGAAGGCCACUCUGGAACACAUAGACAGGAAGGAAGAGAAGGCCACUCUGGAACACAUAGACAGGAAGGAAGAGAAGUUCACUGUAGAACACAUAGACAGGAAGGAAGAGAAGGUCACUGUAGAACACAUAGACAGGAAGGAAGAGAAGGUCACUGUAGAACACAUAGACAGGAAGGAAGAGAAGGUCACUGUAGAACACAUAGACAGGAAGGAAGAGAAGGUCACUGUAGAACACAUAGACAGGAAGGAAGAGAAGGUCACUGUAGAACACAUAGACAGGAAGGAAGAGAAAGCCACUCUAGAACACAUAGACAGGAAGGAAGAGAAGGUCACUCUAGAACACAUAGACAGGAAGGAAGAGAAGGUCACUGUAGAACACAUAGACAGGAAGGAAGAGAAGGCCACUCUGGAACACAUAGACAGGAAGGAAGAGAAGGCCACUCUAGAACACAUGGACAGGAAGGUCCAUGUGUAA